UACAGCACAGCAAACCUACGCAACCAGGCAGAGCUGCAGAUUUGCACCCGCGGGAUUCUGAAAAAAAGAAAGAUCCAUCCAGGCACCAAGUGCUGACAUGGAGUACUCAAGAAGGACCCUGCUGCACACUCCAUUCUCUGGUCCGAGCCAGCCAGCGGCUCCUGGAAGCGACUUCGACGCAAACGUCGUCAUGAUCCUGGCUGUUCUCCUGUGCGCACUGAUCUGUGCUCUCGGGCUCAAUUCAAUCGUCCGGUGCGCGCUACGGUGCUCGACCCGGGCGGCGGUGGAUCCUGAGCCGAACCCGGUGACACGGCUGGCUCAGAGCGGGCUGAGGAGGAAGGCCCUCCGGGCCAUGCCGAUCCUGGUCUACUCAGCUGGGUUGGAGCUCAGUGCUGCCAACCCGAUGUGCGCGAUCUGCCUCUCGGACUUUGAGGCCGGGGAGCACGUCAGGGUGCUCCCCAGGUGCAACCAUGGGUUCCAUGUGAGAUGCAUCGACCGGUGGCUGCUGGCGCGGUCGACGUGCCCAACAUGCCGGCAGUCCCUGCUCGGAGCGCCACAGAAGGCCUCUGGCUGCUCUGAGGUGAGCCGGUCUGAGCCUGCUCCUGCCCGCUCUGUCCUUGUGCCACUCAGACCUGAAGGUCUGGUCACUCCUUACGAUUUUUAGAGUCCUCAGCUGCUUCCUAGUGAUUACAAGAAGGAUGAGAAUUUUGCGGCAAAAAAAAUAGUAGAAUAGAAUUUUGUGUUCCAUAGAUGUUACUGCCAAUCUGGGCAGUACAUUGUGCAGUCUCUAGUAGAAAAAAGUUGUACAUUUUUCCUCAGUUUUACUUGCUGUGUUAAUGCCACUUGUUGCUGGAGAAUGUGGCAUGGAAAAUACCAGGUACUAUGGGCCUUUGUGAAUCACAUUUCAUUGUGAAUUUUAUAAGUGGAAAAAGACAUGAUUGCAUGUCUAAUCAUAUAUGGCUUU